UUUAAGCGCGAGCAGCGGGGAUGAGUGAGCUUCCUGUCAAACACAGACGUGACAGAUCAACUGAAGGCUCUCUGGAGCGUCUUAAAACUCUAUUUUACAUCCAUACAACGGGAUAUUACAGUAAUAAGGAGGAUAAGGUGCCGUUUUGAUCGUGUUUUUAAUGAGCUGUGAAUCGAAGUGGAGUUAAAUUGUCGUCUUUGGCUAACUGGCUAAUGCUAGCGAGCUGGCUGUCAGUGGGAAAAAAAUUGAAAGCGGAAGAGUCACGUGCUGGAUUACGAAAGCGGAAGUGCUAGAGCAGAUUUUCGAUCUGAAAGCAGGUUUCUUUGUAGAAACGGAGGGAUGGAUGGAGACGAAAGAGCAACUUCUGAAAGGAUUCUUCUGGAACCGUACAAGUACUUGCUACAACUGCCAGGAAAACAAGUCAGAACAAAACUCUCGCAAGCGUUCAACCACUGGCUCAAUGUCCCAGAGGACAAACUUCAGGUGAUUAUCGAGGUGACGGAGAUGCUGCACAACGCCAGUCUGCUGAUCGACGACAUUGAAGACAGCUCCAAGCUGCGGCGCGGUUUCCCGGUGGCCCACAGCAUCUACGGUGUGCCGUCGGUCAUCAACUCCGCCAACUACGUCUACUUCCUCGGUUUGGAGAAGGUGCUGACACUGGAGCACCCCGAGGCCGUACACGUCUUCACCCGUCAGCUGCUGGAGCUGCACCGCGGCCAGGGCCUGGACAUCCACUGGAGGGACACCUACACCUGCCCAAGCGAGGAGGAGUACCGCGGCAUGGUGCUGCAGAAAACCGGCGGCCUCUUCGGCCUCGCCGUGGGCCUCAUGCAGCUCUUCUCCCACUGGAAACGAGAUCUGAAGCCGCUUUUGGACACUCUGGGGCUCUUCUUCCAGAUACGGGACGACUACGCCAACCUGAACUCGACAGAGUACAGCGAAAACAAGAGCUUCUGCGAGGAUCUGACGGAGGGCAAGUUCUCCUUCCCCACCAUUCACGCCAUCUGGUCGCGUCCCGAGAGCACGCAGGUGCAGAACAUCCUCCGGCAGCGCACGGAGAACGUGGAUAUCAAGCGCUACUGCGUGGAUUAUCUGGAGAAGGUGGGCUCGUUCGCUUACACCCGUCAGACGCUGCUGGAUCUGGAAGCCGAAGCCUAUCGGCUGAUCGCGGAGCUCGGAGGGAAUCCCGAACUGGAGGCUUUGGUGAAGCAUCUGAGUCGCAUGUAUAAAGAGCCCGAGGGCGGAGCCUCGGUCGGCCAAUUGAAAGAGCUCAGGGGCGGAGCUGCAGCCGACCAAUCGAAUCAAUGACUUUGCACUGUACUGUUAAAAUAAACUGUACUGCUAUUUUGACUCCACAGCAAUUGCCUUCAGUCCAAAGUCUUGUCAUUUUGUCUCGUUCACAUUUCAAGGCUUUGUAGCUGGCAUAUGAAGUGUAACAGGAACUUGACCGGCCUCUUAGUCUGCAAUAUUUGGCCAAUAUUUAUGUACUGUAAUUAGCAUCUAACAGUGGACAGCUGCUGUUCAUUUCAUUAUAAGUGACAACUGUAAACAAACAUUUAAACCAUGUCUGUCAUUUCACCACAAAAUCACAGCAAAUACCUUAUAUUUCUUUAAGAAAAUGAAGACAAUUUUAUGGUUCUUUACUUUUUUCUUUACUAUCUUCAUGACAAUUAUUUGUAGUAUUAUUAUUAUUUAUUUAAAUUAAUAUCAUUAUUAUUACUACUACUACUACAAUACAAUAAUAUCUUUCAGAUGAAACAAACAUUUUACUACGAAAUUAAAACAAAUGAUUUUGCUUUAAUAAAACAAAGCCAUUUUUUGCAUUGUACAAUUAUUUUCAUGACUAACAAAAACUAAUUUAUAUAAAUGAUAUUAAAACAGUAAAUAUUAUUAGAAAUAAAUUUUAUUAUUAUAUUUAAAUGUCUGAUCUACUCCCUGAAUUGGUUUAAAUCAGCAUGUAAUAUAGGUCACUGUAAUAGAGUGAAAAUGUAAUGAUAAUCACCAGUGUAAAAUGUCAAGGAACAAUAAUAUGAAUUUGGAGGCAGAAUAUUCCUGGCAUGAUAUUCUCACAGGAAAUAAUAAAAAUAAAUAAACUAUUAUUAUUUUUUUGCUUAUGAUUUUGGGGUGAAAUUUAUUUCUCAUGACUGAUUGCCUUUCCCAAACAGCAAAAUAGUGCUGCUAGCGUCUGAACCUUGUCCUGUGUUUUUGCUGUGGCAGUGACGAGGCCUUACGGUUACCUGUGGACGCUUUAACACUCCUCAAGUCAAGUUAAUGUCCUUCCACAUUUUAGCAGCUCUUGGUUUUUGUGAGUGAUGUUUACGAUGGUCAGAUCCAUCACUUGAUGCUCAAAUACCUCUGAAAUAGUGAAUUGAGAUGAGAUCUCACAUGUUUGACAGGUCACUGGGUUUUACCUUUGAACAAAUAGACAGUUAUGUGUGCAUCAGAUUCAUUCUGUAUAUGCAGUUUUGUUUUGGAUGUUUUUUUUUUUUUUAAAUCACUAUUCUAUGAAUAAACACACUUUCAUACA